GCCAUUAUUGAUUUACUAACACGAACCCCGCCGGAAUAUAUAAAUGACCCGCGGAUCAUGAGGGUCUCUUGAUCGCCCACAACACAGAAGGAACAGGAUUUCUGGACGCCCACAAUCACCCAAAUUACCCACAAUCACCCACAAUAGAACAAAACAGGAAACGGCUCUCUCUAGCCGAACAGUGGGCAUAAUCAUGUCUAAGCGAAUGGAAAAACACGCAGUGGCCGGGGUUCCAACUGUGAGUGCUGAUGGGACUGAAAAUGUGAAUCCACGCCCACGUGCGCGUCUAGCCAUUGGUUUUACUCCACAUCACGUUCUACGUCGUCGCCUGUUGACAUAUCAUAUACACCCAGGUUGCGUUGAUACGCACGCCAAGGUGAUAGUUCCGCUGGUAGUAACGCAACCUCGUGGACGUGCUAACCUCGUGGCAAUCUCCUACCUGUUGCCAAUCCUCACCAUGCACGGCUUCAUUAAGAAUGCUAAGAAAUGCCUAUGCUUGGCUGAGCCGACACCUGGUUCCCUUUGCUACAUUGAUCCAAUUAGAGAUAAUGGCAUAUUAUCGGGUAUGAUUAUACGCACAAACGAGCACUGGAAAUCUUAUCCAUCAAGGUGCCCUACCAAGACCAGCCAAGCGACAGAACUGCCCUUGGCGGGAAGGUGCUGGAGUUGAUUAGGGUAUAGCUCAUAAAUAUCCCAAUGUGAGCGACUCUGUUUGCUAGGUUUACGCCUUGCAUGCUCUACACUUACUGGCCAAGGGAGUGGGAUGGAUGUUGGACCCUUUUUUCCAUCAAUCCCUCCGAAGUUGACCCUUUUGCCACUCCGUAGACCACUUUAUAUACCACUUUCUAUACCGCUUUCUAUAAGAUGAAAGCGUGCUCCUCCAACAUUCCCCUGUCUACAUCCAAAUUUGUACCCAUCCCUUUCACACCUAGCAAGUCUGCGGUCGUUCGACAAGAUGCUUUCAAAACCCUUGACGAUCGCUGCGGUGGUCCUCCAAUGCUUGGUUCUGCCAGCGAUUGCUCAGGUCACUCUGACCGGCUGUCACUUGCACGGUGAUGUCGAAUAUUGUUUUCUCCCUAAUGGCGAGGAGACUAAAGUCGGCCGUCCGACGAGCUCUCUAGUUACUGCGUCCCCUACUGCGUCCCCUACUGCACCGAGCUCUGUGGCUGCGGCUACGACAGCUGCCGCGCAAACGACUGCUAUCACAGGCUGCCAUAGCCAUGGGACGAUGCGAUUUUGUAUUAAGGGAAAUGGAGAAGAAGUACAGGUGAUGGCUACCCAGACUGGAGACGCUCCUUUACCUACGGCAUACAAUGGAUGCCAUUACCACGGUGUAGAGAUGUUCUGCAUCGCCCCCGACGGAACCGAAGUAGAAGUGGCAGCUGCUGAAGCUGCAGGAGAACAUCCGGAAGAAUCCGGGGCAUCUGGAGAAAACUGCCAUUUCCAUGCUGGUGUAGAACACUGUGUAGGAGGGUCAGGAGUGGCUACCUGUGAAAGGAAGGAUAGGGAUUACAACAUAAAUCUUCGCAUUGGACUUAUCUUCCCGAUGUUGUUUGCAAGCGCACUUGCUGUCUAUGCGCCCCUGGUCAUGAAGAAGAUGCUCAAGCUGAACGUCUCCGGCAUCGUCUUCACAAUCAUCAAACAAUUCGGCACCGGCGUCAUCAUCUCUACCGGCUUCGUUCACCUCCUAACACACGCCGAACUCAUGUUCGGCAACGAGUGCCUAGGCGAACUAAAAUAUGAAGCCACCACAACCGCAAUCGCCAUGGCCGGCGCCUUCAUAGCCUUCCUAAUCGAAUAUCUCGGCCACCGCCUCGCCAGCUGGCGCCGCCGUACCAUCACCUCCCAAGCCCUCGCCUCCUCCACCCACAAAGGAGAAGCCGCCUCUGCACAAGGCGGCGAGGCCGGAAAAAAUCACCCUUCACACGGCGACUCCGAUUCUCCCGGUCUCGCGGCACUAAGCCACCAUCACACCGAGUCCUACUCGUCGGUGAACCCGAAUGAUACGAUGACGGUCCUGGUAUUGGAGGCGGGGAUUAUUUUCCACUCGAUCUUGCUGGGUAUCACGCUUAUCGUCGCGGGGGACUCGGUCUUCGUAACCCUCUACGUCGUCAUCAUCUUCCACCAAAUGUUCGAAGGCCUCGCUCUCGGUGCCCGAAUCGCUGCUAUCGACGACCACUCCCCCUCAGACGGUGAGAACAGCGUACCAGCCUGGCGCAAGGCGAAGAACUGGGCCAUGCCACUCACAUUCGCUGUUAUCACGCCAAUCGGUAUGGCGAUCGGUAUCGGCGUUCUCAAUACAUUCAAUGGGAACAACCCGUCGACGAUUAUUGCGCUGGGGACGCUGGAUGCGCUGUCAGCGGGGGUUUUGAUCUGGGUGGGAUUGGUGAGCUUGUGGGCGCAUGAUUGGUUGUUUGGGGACUUGAAGGAUGCGCCGCUGGUGAGGACGGUGGUGGCGGGGGUCAGUUUUGUGGGGGGGUCGGUGUUGAUGGGGGUGCUUGGGAAAUGGGCAUAAAGGGUUUGGGAAAUGGGAAAGGGG